AUGCUAAGUCAAGAUUUUAUUUUUGAUGGUUGUACCAUUUUGGUACAUUGUUUCUCUAGAGUUGUUCUCGAAGUAUUGAGGACAGCAGCUGAAAACAAGAAACACUUUAGAGUUUUCUGCACAGAAGGAAGGCCAGACAGAACUGGAUUACGAUUUACUAACGAGCUGGCCAAGCUUGAUGUUCCCGUAAAGCUUUUAAUAGACUCUGCUGUGGCAUACACUAUGGAUGAGGUGGACAUGGUACUCUUUCGAGCUGAUGGAGUGGUUGAAAGUGGAGGUAUCAUAAACAUGAUGGGGACAUUCCAGAUUGCAUUGGUGGCACAUAGCAUGAACAAGCCUGUUUAUGUGGCUGCAGAAAGCUACAAUAUAACUAAAAAGUUUCAUUUCUUGCUCUCAGUUUGCUCGACAUUAUCCUUUGGACCAAAAAGAUAUGAGUCCUGCACGACUCCCCAUGAUUUUGGGGUACCAAUCCCAUCCAAGGUUGAGGUAGAAACAUCGGCUCGAGAUUACACUCCUCCUCAAUAUCUUACUCUACUCUUUACAGAUUUGGGUGUGCUUACUCCUUCCGUGAUUAGUGAUGAGCUCAUUCAACUAUAUUUAUAG